CCCACCGUCGCAUCUCCCUCUUCUCUCUCCUCCUAAACCUGCCGCCGCCGCCGCCGCAAGAAACCCUGUUUUGGGCGCGCCGCCGUAGCUGAUAGAGCACGCUUCCCAGCCACCGUCGGCGCCAUGGCCGGACCGAAGCCUAAGCCGAAGGAGAGAACAAAAUCCCUGGCCCCCAGGGCAUCGCGCGGCGGCAGGAGGGGCGGCAGGGGUGGCGCGGGGAAGUCCGGGGAGAGGCGCAGCCACGGCCCCCAUCUCCCCAACAAGCUGCGCCGGGAGCUCGAGUCGCUGGCGCCUGCCCGUGACCGAGGCUCCGACUCCGAUGACGAGGAUGACGUGGUGGCCGAGGACGUGUACGAGUACGAGGAGGGGGUGCCCGAGGAGGAGGCCCGCAAGAACGACCGCUACGACGCCGUCAAGACGUACGAGUACGAUUUCGACAGCGACGGCUCCAAUGCGGAUGAGGACGUGCCUUCGGAUGAAGGCGAGGAUAUGGAAGAAGAUGAUGAUGGGGAUGACGAUGAGGAGAAGCAGAUGAGGAUACUCAAGGAGACGACCGGAAUGCCUAGAGAAGCGUUCGAUGGGGGCAAGAAGAAGAAGCAGCAGCAGGCACAAGAGCUGCCUUCGCAGCCUGAAGGUGGUCCAGUAACAAUUCAUGAUCUCAUGGAUGAUAUCCGGGAUAAGCCUGGGUAUAGCAAGAUACGCAAGAGGGUCCAGCAGCAGGAGAAAAAGCCAAUGGUCGUGCAGGCACCAAUGCCCAAAGUCAAGAGGGACUUGCUGGACCGUGCUGCGACGUACAAGGUACACAAGCAUGAUAUCAGCAAGUGGGAGGGGUUAGUGAAAAGCAACCGGGAAGCUACCACACUCUACUUUGAAAAUGAUUUAGACUUAGGUCAGAGUACUGUUGGGGCAAUUGCUAGCAAAUUCGAACCAAGGUCAACCUUUGAGAAACAGAUGGCUGAGGUUCUACGCAGCACAGAAAUUAUGGAAGCGCACAAGAACGAUGGUGCCAAAAUCUUGGAACUUAACAAGAUGGAUGUGGAAGAUGUAAGAGAGCGUCAAAACCGUCUUGCUAAAAUGCGCAGCCUUCUGUUUCGUCAUGAGAUGAAAGCAAAACGUGUGAAGAAGAUUAAGUCUAGGACAUAUCAUCGGUUGUUGAAGAAGGACAAACGGAAAGCAUCCUCAGCAGAUCUGGAGGCAGAUCCUGAAGCAGCAGAAGAGUCUGCUAUGAAACAAGAAUUUAAGCGUGCAGAGGAAAGGAUGACACUCAAGCACAAGAAUAAUUCGAAAUGGGCGAAGCGAAUCUUGAAGCGAGGUUUGUCUGUUCAGGAUGAAGGCACACGAGAUGCUAUUACUGCACAACUCCAACAACAUGCUCUUCUUACUAGAAAAAUGAAUUCCAUAAAAAACGAUUCUAGUAGUAGUGAUGAAAGUUCUGAUGACGAUGACGAAGACGAUGAUGGAAGCAACUUAGAAGCAAAGCUUCUGAACAGAGGGAAGGAAAAGAUUCGUAAAGUUGUUGAAGAAGAUAAUGCGAUUCCGAAGUCUGGAGUUUUUUCAUUGCCUUUCAUGGAGCGUGCAAUGAAAAAGCGUGCAGAUGCAACUUACGAGGAAACACGGCUAGAUUAUGAAGAAUUGGAGCAAUCUUUGAGGAAAUUGGAAGAUGGCAACACUGAGGAGAAUGUAGAUUCCAUCAAGGUGACGGGUAAGAGAACUUUUGGUCCUGUCAAAAGGACACAUGCAGAGACAAACAAGAGGCCUAAAUUAGGGGAUGCUGACAGGAACAGUGACAGUGGGUAUGACUCUGACUGUGGUCAACAUUUCGACAGCAGUGAAGAGAAUAAGAAGGCAGACUAUGCAAAUAACAAGGCAGAUGAUGUCCAACUUGGGACCGCACUGCUCGAUGAUGAACAACAGAAUGAUCUAUUCAUAAGCUUUGAUGACGCUAGAAAAAGCCCACGCACAAAGACAGAGAUUGAAGUUGGGAUCUUAGCUGAUAAUUCGUGGAAGAAGGUAAAAAGUAGCAAAGCAAAUGGUGACCACAAUAAGAAAGGGAGUAAAAAUAAAUCCAAAGUGCAGAUCCCUUCAGCUGUGGAUCCAAACGCCGAGCAGCUUCACAAUUCUGAUUCAGAUCCUGAGGAAGAGAUGGUUGACGGUUUCUUGACUAUCCCUGAUGAAAAGGAAAAUUACAAACUUCCAUCACAAGCUGAUCUUAUUCGUCAAGCCUUUGCUGCUGAUGAUGUUGAAGCCGAGUUUGAGAAUGACAAACUGGAAGCUUUAAAUGAAGAGAAUCCUGAACCUGAAGAACCUGCACUUGUUCCUGGUUGGGGACAAUGGACUGACAUACAACAGAAAAAAGGACUUCCUUCUUGGAUGGUGAAAGAACAUGAAGAUGCCAAAAGGAAGAGGGAAGAAGCCUUAAAGAGGAGGAAAGAUGCUAAGCUGAAAAACGUUAUUAUUUCUGAACAUGUUGACAAGAAGGCCGAAAAGCUUUUAGCAACGAAUCUUCCUUUCCCGUACACCUCAAAAGAUGUGUAUGAAAAUAGCAUACGUAUGCCUCUUGGACCGGAUUUCAACCCAGCAAUAUCACUUUCUGCUCUCAACCGCCCCGCGAUUGUGAAGAAGCCUGGUGUUGUUAUUAAGCCAAUACAAUAUGAGGAGAUUAAUCCGCAUGAGAAGCCUGAUGAACCCAGAAGGGUCAUUCAGAGAGCAAAACCGAAUCCAAGCCUAAAGAAAACGUCUGCGAAACAAGCUAAGAGGACAACUUCACAUCCAAGGAAUUGAUGAGACAAUUGCCCAUACAUACUCAGUUUAUGUGGUGAGAGAUGCGCAUUCAGAAUGCCACGUUGGGGUUUCUUGCCACAGUUGUUUACAAAUCCUCGGGAAGUAUACACAGAGAUUCUUCUCAUUGUGCAAGUCAAAUAACAGCAGCGGUUUGGCUAUUGGAAGCGGGGUUUUUGGGUGCCAUCGUCCAAACCUCUGUGCUGUAUCGAAAUUUGAGAUAUCACACCUAGUUCCUCCACCUGAGCUGAACUCUGUUUGUGCACGUAAAGUCAUGUAACUUUGUAUUAUGUUUUGUAGCUUGGUCAAAUGUAGUAUGGAUGCUCAAAAGUUCAACAACGCCAUUUGGUUUUUCCUCUCUGCUCCUAUAACAGGUCAACAUGACUUUUACGUGGUUUUGCCA